AUGGCCGCACAGGCGCAGGCCGUCACAGUCUCCCUUAAAGAUCUCCAGUCUGGCAAUGUCUCUUUCGAGACUCUUCAGCGGGCUUUUGGCCCAGACUCGCUUGGCAUCCUGGUCGUCAAGGAUGUACCCGAGAAGUUUCCCAGGCUGAGACACUCGGCUCUAUCUUAUGCCUCGUAUCUCGGCAAUCUUCCUCGAGAAGAGCUCGAAAAGCUUGAAAACGCCCAUGCCAAGUACCUCACCGGCUGGUCCUUGGGCAAGGAGACUCUCAGAAACGGCAAGGCCGAUACCUUCAAGGGAUCCUACUAUGCCAACUGCGCGUUUUACGUCGACCCCUCUCUCGAGUGCGCCAAGCCCACCGCCGAGUUCUCCGAGGAGACCUUUCCCGAGUACCUGUCCCCCAACCAGUGGCCCGCCGAUAAUGUCCUUCCCGGCUUUAAACCCGCCGUGACAGACCUCUGCAGUCUCAUCAUUGAUGUCGCGGUCCUUGUCGCCCGUGCCUGCGACCGCUUCGCCGAAAAGGAAAUCCACGGCUACCCCAAGGGUUACCUUGAGCACGUCGUCAGCACCUCUAACACCACCAAGGCGCGCCUCCUCCACUACUACCCCCAAGGCAAGGAGCAUGCCGCCGCCGCCGACGGCGACGAGGACGAGGACGACUGGUGCGCCACACACCUGGACCACGGCUGCCUGACGGGCCUGACGUCGGCCAUGUUUGUCGACGAAAAGGAGACCGACGCCAGCGUGCCCUCCUCCGUCGUCGGCGUCACGGGCGCGAGCCUGCCCACGCUGGCCGAGCUGCCCGCGUCGCCGGACCCCAGCGCCGGCUUGUACAUCAAGUCGCGCACCGGCGAGACUUUCCAGGUCAAGAUUCCGCGCGACUGUAUCGCCUUUCAGACGGGCGAGGCGCUCGAGCGCAUCACGGCCGGCAGGUUCAAGGCCGUGCCGCACUUUGUGCGCGGCGUCGGAGCGAGUGUCAGCAAUGGCCGCAUCGCGCGCAACACGCUGGCCGUGUUUACGCAGCCCAACUUGGGCGAGGAGGUGGACAUCGAGCAGCAUCUCACGUUUGGAGAAUUUGCGCGUGGUGUAGUCACCAAGAAUACCGUAUCAUAG